ACAGUUCUAUCAGCUGUGCAAAUGCGAAAUCAGUACAAAGGAGUAUACAAUUAUUGCAAAUUUUCGGCCGUAGGAGCGGGAGACGGUGAAUCACUUUGUCGUAGACCCAAAAAUCGAAAAGAUCUGCAAGAGCAAGUGCGUGAUUAUUUAUUUAUUAAAUAAAAAAUUUUUUAAAAGAAUCGUGGAAAAAUGGGAAAAUAGAGUAGAAGCGUGGAAGUAAAUAAUAUAUUGCUCGCAUAUCUCCGAAUUUGCUUGGUAUAAAAGUAUAUUUUUAGAUAAAUUAAUAUAUUUAAAAAAAGGUAAGGAAAGAUAAUGUUAUGUUUCCUCUGAACGUUGUUACCACUACCAUAGUUAGUGCUCCAGUGCAAAAUUUUUGUGAUUAAAAUAUUCGCGAUGUCUAUAACAACGUUGCAUCGAUUUUGUACCAAACUGAGGACACGCGUUGCGCAUUCUAUUCGUUAAAUAAUCGCCUUGUUUGAUUAUGUGCACGAAAUUGCAAAAAAUCUUUCUAGUUGAAACCAGAUCAGUUGAACUUUGUGCACAUAUUUCUUAAUACAAAUUGUUAUUUAGCGUCAACAUGCCCAGCUCCUUGCUGUUCGCCACCAAUAGCGAAGGUCGUGUCUACACGUUGUCAACAAAUUCAGCUGCGUGGCGUGAAUUUCCCUACCUGGGCUUGGAGUUCAAGAAGAUCGCUGCAGUGCCGCAUUUUGUUUGGGCUAUUGGCGGUGAUCGACAGGUGUAUGUAUAUGUGUAUGGUUUAGAUGUGCCCAUACGCGUCAAAGAGGAGUCCUACGAGAAUGAGCGCUGGCUUCCUAUUGAAGGAUUUUCGAAAAAGCUAUUACCUACCGAUCGCUAUAAGUUUUCUUCAGUUGAUGGUGGUGUAGAACGUAACAUUGACAAGAUAAGAUUGCCUUCAAUGGCCUGGCAAUGGGAUGGGGAAUGGCAUUUAGACCUGGACAUGGAUGGUCAGCAGUUGAACGAGGAUGGUUGGAUGUAUGCGUUAGAUUUUCCUGCUACAUACUCAGUGAAGAAUUCAUGGAACUCAUAUGUGCGGCGGAGGAAGUGGGUACGUUUCCGACGUUAUAGUGCCCUGAAUAGUUGGUGUGCGGUAGCGCCAUUGCAUAAAGACCCUACACAAGAACCUUUCAUCGAUGUAUCCGUAGGCGGAACAAAUGUGCCAAACGCCGCAUCGGGCACAAUGAUCGUGUGGGCUAUUACAGCGCAUGGAAGGGCAAUGUUUCGCACGGGUGUCAACACAUCUUCUCCGGAGGGUCUCCGUUGGAAUGCUAUUAACACACCUCCUGGUUGUGAACUGGCACAAAUAAGUGUGGGGCCGACCGGUCUCAUGUGGGCUGUGCUCUAUAAUGGGCGUGCCAUUGUUCGUACGGGAGUUACGCGCGAUAAUCUUUCUGGCGAAGCUUGGUUGGACGUUAAACCACCAGUUAGCAGUAACGAUGCGACAGGUAAUCUCAAAAUCACUCAGGUGUCGGUGGGUACCGAUUCUGUCUGGUGUGUAACUAACGACAGCCAUGUAUGGUUCCGACGUGGCGUCAAAGGCGAGGCAGCUGGCAUAAGCGAAGACGCCGCUAUCGGCAGCGGCUGGGUGGAGUUGAUUGUAAAUAUAUCUUCAAUCUCGGUGGCGCCGAAUGAUCAAGUUUUCGCCGUCGGUUCAGCGGACCGUGCGCUGUACUUUCGCUCAGGUGUGUCCGCUUCCGACCCGACCGGCAAGCAAUGGCGCCAAAUACAGUGUUCCAUGCAGAUAAGUCGCACAUCUAGCUCAAUGUCGAUUGUGUCGCGGCGUAGUGGCAGCGGUUCGACGCCUGGUUCAAAACAUCAGAGUUUCUCAAAUCUUUAUAGCAAGGACAAGGAGAAGGGCGUGGUGGAGACAUGUGCACCAAUUGAAAAUAUGGCGGCCAGUCCGGCCUCCACGAAUAGCAGCACAACAGGUGCGGCAGCUGCGCAGGCGCGACUCAAAAGUGAUAUUUGGAAAUAUGCAAGCGAUUCACCACCCAAUAUCGGUAGCUUGAAUUUGAAUGAGCGUCACAAGAAGCGUACUUCAGCGAUGCGUGAACAUGCCACUCACGCAUGCAGCGCACCCGCAACAGAGGUGGUGACUGAAAUAUCAGGCAAACACUUUGAAACGCAGCUCAAGAAUCCACGUGCCUGGUCGCCUGUGCGUAGCGUUGGCUCAAUUGUCGGCACUGAGGCGCACCCUGAAAGCGAUUCGGCUGUGUUCGAGUCAGAUUCAACACAUCAUGGAUCAGAUGCAUUUCUAGGCGAGGAUGAAGAUCAUGCAGGCUCACAGUUUUGGACCGAAUGUGAGGUGAUGUGGAGUUGUGUGGCAGCCGGUGCCGUGUGUGUCGAUCCAACAAAUGCGCCAAACUGGUUCAAUGAACAAGCGUCCGCCAAUGGAAAAGUGGACGUGGAUGCCACAUGGCGCAAGGAUAUUAUUGUGAAAUUGCAAAAACAAAAAGAGUUGCUGAAAAAGUUGAAAAAUCCAGAAAAAUAUGAGAAAGCUGUAGAAUUAACUUCUUGGAUUAAAUCGGCUGAAGCACGUUAUCAACGUCCCGGUGGAGAAUUCGAAGACUGUUUAAUCGAAUUGGAAUGGGUGAGUGGUGCAACCGGCGUUGGUGCUAGUGCAGAUACAGGCAAUAACAGCACAGAUUCCGAUUCGGGUACCUUUACCGUGCUUAAUCCAGACGGAGUCACUACAAAAAUUCAAUUUUCGCUCUCCAACAUCACGUGCGUGCAAUGCUGCAGUGAGCCAAGUGCGCCACGUAUUGCUUUGCAUGCACCACGCCUACCAGCCAACUGUUCACCAAUCAAAUUGCAAUUCUCCAGUGACGCCGAAAUGGAAGAUUGGCUUUCUCACCUCAGUUCGGUUUGCUGCCAGAUCAAUGAGGUGCUGGGCAAACCUGCGAAUAACGCCAUUUGGAUCACCAACGAACUUGGCGAAGUUUUUGUUUUCGAUCCACUCAAUAUGAAAGCGAACCAGCUGAACAAGGACCGCAAUUGUUAUGUGCAGAAAUUCGAUGUAAACACAAUGGAAACGCCUUACUACAACACACUCUCCAAUGGGUCGGUACACUUCCAAUUUAUGUUGCAAAUAAUUAUUAUUUUUUGUUUCAGUAUGCCUUUUGGCACCGAACUGGAGAUAUCUGGUUGUGUUUACGAUGAUGCCGAUCAAAUACGUUUCGAUUUGCAGUGUCAUCCAAACAUAAAGACGCGUCCUAAAGUGGAGAAAUUUCGUGUGAUUGCAAUGCACAUAAAUCCAAGAUUCAAUGAACGCACAAUAGUGCUCAACAGUAUGAAUGACUCCGAAUGGCUGGAUGAAAUACGCAAUGACAACAUGGUUUUCGCGCCCGGUGCCACAUUCACGCUACGCAUCAAAGUUUUGCAGAAACAUUACCAAUUGUUUGUGAACAACACACACUUCGCAGACUACAAAUACCGCACAGAUCCGGCUGCCGUCACCUGCCUGUACGUUAGCGGACGUGUAAAGCUCUUUAACAUCGUCUAUUAUUGCCCCACGCUCAUAAUCUCUAUGCAGGAGAUGUAUUGGCGGCAAAUAGGAGGUCACAUAAAGCGUGUAUUCACAUGUUCUGCCGGCGUUGUGUGGGGAAUUUCGUGCGACAACACUGCCUGGGUGUAUAACGGCGGUUGGGGCGGUCAAUUUCUGAAAGGGCUUGAGGGUGGCACUGGAAAAAUUAACACUAUGGUCGAUACGCAUACCUACUAUGUGUACGAGAAUCAGCGCUGGAACCCCAUUAGCGGCUUCACUACGAAGAGUCUACCCACCGAUAGGCACUUGUGGAGCGAUGCUAGCGGUCGCCAAAGGCGCAGCAAAGACCACACUAAACUCUUAUCCACACACUGUGAAUGGAUAACGGAUUGGAUGGCGGACUUUAAUAUACACGGAGGUGCUGAUAAAGAAGGUUGGCAAUAUGCGAUUGACUUUCCAGCCACAUACCAUGCUCAGAAGAAAAUCACCGAUUGUGUACGUCGACGCCGUUGGUUGAAGAAGUGUCGUCUAACCAGUAGCGGCCCAUGGCAAGAGUUAAGUCAUUCGAAGAUUUUAGAUGCCGCUUUGCAAGUGUUCGACAACGAUGUGGAUAGUGCCAAUAGUUUAAGUGAUUGGGAGGAUUUGCCGGUGUGCGCUUGGGCAGUAGCAUCCAAUGGUGAUGUACUCAUACGGCAUGGUGUGACGCAGCUAAAUCCACGCGGUGAGAAUUGGGAGCACAUACCGAGCGAGCAACCGUUGAUUGGCAUUAGUGUGGGGCCCACUGGGCAAGUGUGGACUGUCGGACGGAAUGGCAUGAUUUAUUUCCGUUACGGCAUUACAAGGCACAAUCCAUUGGGUGACGCAUGGCAAAUGGUGGAAGCGCCUUCGGGUGUAACAUUUCGCACGGUGGCUGCGGGGCGUGUGGGCAUUUGGGCACUUGACAACCAUAACCGCUUGGCUGUUCGAAAAGAGAUCACUAAAACGUUCCCGGAAGGGUCACAUUGGCAGUUCUUGCCGAAUAUGCCGAAUAUUCCGCCGCAUACGGAUACCCAUAUCGGCUUUAAAUCGGUUUCAGUGGGCGCCGAGGUCUGGGCGAUUGCACUGAAUGGCGUCGUUUGUCAGCGAUGUGGCAUUACAAAAGAGAAUCCCGCCGGAGCUGGAUGGAAUCUGGGCAUACCGGGGCAAUGGCAGCAUAUAUCCGCAGAGAGCUUCUUUUAAUCAUUUUGAGUCAUUCAAUUAACGUAUAACCAUUCCCAAAGAUUCAAUGUUCCAAAACUUUUUGUUUUCUUUUUUCUUUACUUUGAAAAUAUUUAUAAAAGGUUAUAUUGCCUGUAAGUCAUACUAGUGCAUUUUGUCCUAGCUUAUAUGUAUGUAUGUAUCUUAAUCAUUCCAAUGCAGCUUCAUUCUAAUCUAAGCUUAUUAAAGUAUGGUUUUUUAUUAAUAUUUAUGUAUUUCCUUACAUACAAAUUAUAUGCUAAUUAUAUAACAUAAACAAAAAACCCCAUUUUUAUUGCUAAAGGGGAGGUAAGUUAUGUGGGAUGGUUCAAAAAUAAAACUAUGAACUAUUGUAAUGUAUUGUAUGUAAGUAUAUGCCUACCAACUGCUGGACAAUAGUCAACAAUAUACAAAAAACGCAAAAGAUAUCACCCAUUGGACCUCCCGUUUCGAUUCUAUUGAUAAAAUAUUUG